CAAUGAGAUAGGAAAAAAUCAUAUUUUAUAUAAAAUUUUCACUGAAUGUCGGUGGGAAAAACUAUUUUUUCAGCUGUGAGUGUUGUUUGAAUCAUGUAUUAGUGCUUAAUUUGGUUUUUUCCAAAAAAAAAAAAAAAAGAACAAAAAGAACAAAAAAAAAUUGACCAUGACCCCAGUAACCAAUUUUUCAAUUUAUGAGUCAAAAAAACAAGAAUAUAACUUUCUAAAUUGGGUUCCCUUUUUCCAUAUAUUUUCUUUUUUCACUUUCAUCUGUUUUCUCUCUUCUCCACCAAAAAAAAAAAGUUAAUUUCCUCUUCUUGUCAGGAAAAAAAAAAAAAACUCAAAUGCAACCUAAAAAAAGAAACAUUUUUAAUCCUUGAAAUGCCCAUUUUUGUUCUUAAUUUCAAAGUUUCUAAAUUGGGUAAGAGUUAAAAAAAGAAAGAGAUAUGAAUGCAAUAAAAGAUACAGUUUCAGAGAAGCUUUCACGUCUUUUUUCUGAUUCUCCUUCUAAAUCUUCAGAUCAACAACCUCAGGCCAGGCCGUGCACCAAAGAAGGAAGAUCUUUAUCAUCUGUACUUUCGUUCUUUCUACCAUCGACAAAUUUCAUUAAGUUAAAAGAUCAAAAUGACGUCAAGCCGCUUCAAUCACAUUCUUUUACGUGGAGAAGUAAAAGUUUCUCAUGGCGUGAUAGACCUUUGGAGAGAUACGGAGAGUUUGAUGAUCAUAAUAAUGAUUACAAAGAAGAAGGUGAAAAUGGCUUCAUUAGGAGUGACAUCGGUGUGGUGAAUGAAUCAUUUUAUACACCUAGGUGUAAUAAUGGAGAACCUAAUUCUGCAAGAAGCGUUGCCAGUGGUUUUGAAGCAUUUGAAGACAGUUUAGAACAGUCCAUGCCUGAUCUCAUUGAUGAUUCUGUUUUCAUUUCUCUGGAUUUGUACGAUUUUUUCCAGUCUUCCCUCCCUAAUAUAGUGAAAGGUUGUCAAUGGACCUUGUUGUAUAGCACCGCGAAACAUGGUAUAUCACUUCGUACACUAAUUCGCAGGAGUGCUAAUACUUCUGGUCCUUGCUUGCUGAUUACCGGCGAUAAGCAAGGUGCUGUAUUUGGUGGAUUACUUGAUGCACCACUCAGGCCUACCUCAAAGUGGAAGUACCAAGGAACAAUUCAAUCAUUUGUAUUCACAACUGUAUAUGGUGAACCAAGGCUAUUCAGACCUACGGGUGCCAACAGGUAUUUUUACUUAUGCAUGAAUGAAUUCCUGGCACUUGGAGGAGGCGGACAUUUCGCUUUAUGCUUGGAUGGAGAUCUGUUAUCUGGCAAUAGUGGACCUUGUGAUACAUUUGGGAACUCAUGCUUGGCACAUGAUGAAGAGUUUGAGUUGAAAAAUGUUGAGCUGUGGGGUUUUACACAUGCAUCUCGAUACCUUACCUCGUAGCAAGCCCGAGAUGUUAUUCUUUUUUUUAUUUAUCUGAUAAAAAUUAGAAAUAUGGUUAUUUAUUCUUUCAUUUCCAAGAAGCAGUCGUCUCCAUUUUAAUCUUGGAGAGUUGCUGUUCAUGGACAAGUUGUAUCAAGACAUGAGAUGGUAGUUAGUGUAGAUUUAUGCUUGUAGGUACUCAUUCUUCUUGUUUAUGACAUACACAAUUCAGGUCUUGGCACUCUAUAAGUGUUAUUGAACGAACAUUUAAUCAAAACAGUUAGUGUUAUAAUAUAAACCACAAUAGUUAAAUUUUCUGCA